AUGAUCCGCCUGGUCCAACAAUGCUACCCAUCAUACUCGGUCUCAGCUGCAAGCACGCUUCCAAUUCAACCCAGAGGAGGACUGAUACCGAAUUACACUGUGAACGCAUGGAAGUUCCAAACGUCCUCUCAGACCGGCGCUAUUGCAUUCGAUGGUCCCUUAGGCAACUAUGCCGGAUCGGGAUAUGUGCAAGAUCUGUCACGUUCACGGGAGGUGUCCGAACUGAUGUUAGAGGAAUUAUUCCGAGGACGGUGGAUCGAUAUGGCCACUAGAGCACUGUUUCUCGACUUCGCCAUAUAUAAUGCCAAUAUCAAUAUGUACAUGAUUGUGAAGUAA